GCCACCGUAGGCCUUAACUGUUACCACUACCGCACCGGCUUUGGUCGAUGUUCUUGACGCACUAGGCAUGAUGACUGACAAGGACACACGGCAACGAAUUAUCUCCUCCGUGUUCUCAAAACGCAAUGCCGCUGGUGGACUCGAAGAAACAUACGUUAACCACAUCAAGAUUUGGGAGGAGGCUGUACCACAAGAAGGCGGACGGAAGCCUAGAUUUAUUCUACUUUCACAGGCUAGUAAUGGGUCUGGUUUCAUUCAUAAGUCCAAGCUCAACGCGAACGGGUCUUUCUCGGUCGGCAAGACUUGGAGACUACAAGAACUUAGAGGUGUUGAAGUGAUGAAUCCGUUGGCUUUCAAUAUAACGCUGGCGAGAACAUACAGAUGGCAAACAGAGAACCCAGGCGAUCAGGCCGAAUUCUUGGUCUCGCUAAUCCGCUCGUUCCGCACCAUUACGGGAAACUCUAUUUCGUUGCAGAUAUUUGGUAUGAGGGACCCAGACGCGCCAUCAUCAUCAAGAGCUCCUCCAUCCCAACCAUUCACUAAUGGCAUACGAAUGGAAAGGGCGCCUACACCUCCAAAUGGAAUCCCUCUCCAACCUGCACCUCGAAGACCUUAUGCGAAUGACUCUUCUGUGUCAAAUAACAGGGAGAGCGGCUUCUCCGCGCGCUCAGCGUCUCCUGCACCUUCCUCAAUUGCGGCACCCCCUACUCCUAAGGUAGCCUCUCGAACACGCCGAGCACCUUCGCCUCCAGCAAUGUCGGAGUCGACUGAUACUCCUCGUUCGGUGCCUUCUUCUGAACGACCUGUUACCCCGUCUCGGAAUCGUCCGACUACACCUGCGUCCCAAUCCCAGCCUCCCGUCUCUAGUUCCCUUCGACCGAGACAGGGUCGGAGGCCCUCUAACGCUUCAUCGACAAUGCGAUCUUCUGCUGCAACGAAUUCCUCUCAAAUACCUUCGAUUCUCAUGCCUGGUAGUCCAGCGUCUGCUCGACCAUCGAUUUCUUCUGUGACUUCGAUAGGAACUGCCUCUUCUGUCACCGCCCUUCCCUCCAAGUCAAAAUUAAAUGGAACUCCCAUCCUAGAUAUUCCUUCCGUCGCUAAUGCAUCCUCCCAAUUCGCGCCUUCCCCUCUAUCUGCCUACCCAUCCCAUGGCCUUGAGACACCGAAAGCACGCGCGGCAUCACCUGCACCGUCAUCUCGCUCUCGAAAACCAAGCACCGCACCUUACGCAGAGUCUUCCUCAGCACAGCCAAGGCGAGAGCAGAAUGCUCGUGUCUCGUUCUAUGACCCCCAAAAUCAAGCAACACUGGAUCGCUUGCUGUCAGGAGAUCUUAUGUUGCAGUUAGACAACGAUGCAGAUGGAGACCAAGGUGGUGAGGUAGAGACGGAAAGCGUUCAAGCAACUCUCACGAGCGUUGAGGAAAUGUUGGAAGGUUAUGAGUGGACUAGCGAUGAUGUGUUAGUAGGCAAAGCGGUCAGGGGCACCGGCGACCAGAUUGAGGCAAGACUGAUUGACGAACUAAUGGCUCUGGAGAAGGCGAACAUACACUCCUUCAUAGAGUCUGAUGAUCGUGUCAACAUUGUGCUGAAAUAUCUGGACGAUGCGAUAUCCGAACUUGAUACGAUGGAUAGUAUUGUCGCAUCAUACAAGAUCCACCUCAACGCCGUAAGCGAUGACAUUGCAUUCAUCCAAUCGCAAAGACGCGGUUUGCAAGUACAAACGCAGAAUCAGCGUGCGUUGCUUGGAGAACUAGAGCAGUUACUGCAAACUGUACAAGUCGAUCGCGAAGCCCUUCUGACGCUCACACAAGAGUCGCUGGAACAGCAACCGGGUAUAACGAGGAUGGAGGAAGCCGCGACCCAGUUGUACAAGGCCCUUCAAGCCGGUAGAGAUCAAGAUAUGGCUGCGACCAUGGAGCGUUUGGAGGAGUACCGAACCCAUAACGCUCAAUUCUGCAAACGUUUGUACGAUUUCCUAUCGAUAUCGUUCACUGCGCGGUCUAAGUUACUCCUUGGUGAGUCGAACGGUGUGAUCAAGUCCACUCGAGGAAGGCCAUCUCUUCAAGACCACCUGGAACUUGAGAAGAUCUUGGGUCGCUACUCCGGCUUGAUGCUGUAUUUAAAAGAGUUGGACGAGUCAAUAUAUGCAAAGAUCUGCGCUGCCUAUUUCACUGCGUCGAGUGAGUUGCAUAAGGCGCAAAUGAAGGCAUACUUCGCAGCUUGCAGCGACCUUGUAAAGAAGGGUGCCGAGGAGGACGAUGGCUUUGGCGUGACCUCGCCGACUACUAGUACGCAGAGGGCUGCAGCAGGCAUGCGACGUGCUGGAACCAUCGUACGUUCACCCUUGGAAGCCCGAAGAGAAAGAAAGGAUCGGUCAGACGGCAACAUGCGUGCUUCAGAAGCCUUUGGUUUGAUCCUCGAACAAGUUGCCCCUAUGGUAUAUCGUGAAGAGGACUUCAUUGCUGACUUCUUGCAAAUCAACAACGCCUCUCUGACGUUUGCUGAUUACAUGGGUUUGGAGAAUUAUUUCCGUCGGCAAGCUGCUCGGUCAGCCGGACUCAGCUCAGCUACGAUGAAGCUAGUACGGGGAGCCCUGGAUCUGAUUUUCGGAUUUCUGCCUGCAGAGCUCAAAGUCUGGCUAGACAACGCAUUGGGCAAGGAUAUGAUGGAAAUCAUCGGCAUCAUUGUUUGCCUUGAGCGAUUUUUGGCAGAUGCUGAAGAACGUGGAAACACAUUUUUCACGAAUGUACUUGAGAAGCAACAUACUCGGCUGAAUGGCCUGUUCGAUCGUCGUGUCAACGAACAUAUCAAGUCUAUUGAGGAAACGAAACUCAACAGCAAGAAGCGUGGGGGUGUCGCCCCGUUCAUCAAGUACUUCCCUACAUACAUUGGGCGAAUUGAGAAUCAACUCAUUGGCGCGGAUACACUGGAGAUUAGGCAACAUGUAGAUCAGUCCUAUGACAAGAUUGUGCAGAGCAUGUUCGAUUCACUUAAGCACAUGGCGAAAUUGGAAGGCGAGGGAGAGGAUAAGGGUCAACUCAACUACCAUGUUAUGCUUAUCGAGAAUAUGCAUCACUUCGUCGCCGAUAUGUCACAGCUAGACAUUGGCACCGUAUCCACUUUCUCCAAGAGGGCUGAGUCCAUUUAUGACGAAAACCUUAGCGCGUACGUCAAGAUUGUCCUACGUCGACCGUUCGCAAAAAUUAUCGAUUACUUCGAAGGAGUAGAACGGCUUUUGAAGACGACAGCGCCUAGCGAGGUCUCCGCCAAUAGCACUUAUUCCAAGUCAGCCCUCAAGAAAGUUGUCAAGGAGUACACGGCGAAAGAUAUUCGGAAACACAUCGAUGCACUAUUCAAACGUGUUGAAAAACACUUCACGGAAGCAUCCGAGAAGACCACAACGGAGGAAACCUCACUCGGUAUCGCUGCAGGCAGUGUUAUGGUUGGGGUCUGGAAGGCUUGCGAGGAAGAGUUGCUGAGAAUCACAGAACUCUUCUCAAAGCGAAUCGGGCAGUGUUACCAAUCGUCUGGGCUUACGUUGGAGUAUACUGCUGCUGAUGUUGAGGCUGCUUUCAAGCGGCAUCGAGUUUCAGCGUAGAGAGAUAUACCCCUGUGCGACGUAGGAUAUAUACCAUUAUUUGGAUCUCCAGGCAAGAAUGUGAGAUCGCUCGAUGGACCCUCAAGAUAAAUGUAACGGUUAUAAGAGCACAAGAAUGAAACGUGGUACCGAAGAAACUACUGGAAGCAUUGUUCGGAUGUACCAAAUAGAUUAUGAGUCCUUGAGAGUGCGGAUGCAACUUAGAUUCUACAUUUCCUUUGUACCGUUUGUCCAUCCAAAAUUUAGUAUAGUUUUGGCUCUGGGAAGGCGGGAGCGCCGUCCGUGGCAGGAGGUGAUUGAGCUGGGGUCCCAGGUUGGCUGCGUGCAGGUGCCGCAUCAUAACCAGUGGUCGUGGCCGACGUCUGGGGUGCUUGAGAGGGCGCAGAAGCAGCCUGAGCGGGCUGGGCUGAUUGCGUGUAGCGUUGUACUGCUCCAACGGCGGCAGGACCAUAUGUGUCCCAAAGACCCUUCGCGAAUGCGAAAGGACUAGCGGCAGGAGGUUGAGCGGGUGCGCCUGGGGAAGGGGGAGCUUGAGCUGGAGGUGUCUUGGUUAUGAUGCGCAUCACGGCGUCAUAAAGUUUGCCGAAGCUGGUCUGCAGGAACGUGAGGGCGUUGGAUUGAGCGGAAACGAUGCCGGCUUGAAUCUCCUCUUCAUUUUUGGAAAAGAACGGGUGGAGGUAGGUUUGGUAUACCCAGGUUGAGCCCUGUAGAUUUGAUGAUAUUAAGAACAAGAUUUAUGAAGACCCCU